UGUGCUUCCCGCUUCGUUGAGUCGCUGUUGUCUAGCGAUAUUCUCGCAUCUCAGGUUUCGUGUCUGGGUCCGAAGCUUUGAGAAACAGUUCGUUUCCUCAAACUUGCGUUGAGCAAACGUCACGUGCCGUUGUCGAACCGUGAAAAGAACGAAGAAAACCUUCGGUUGCUGCUAAUGUGCCUGAACUGGCAUUUCCCCUUCUUCUUUCCUUCUCAGGGCUGCCCCUUCUCCCGCGAGGAAGUCUCCUCCAGGACCACGAUGCCGCUCCCCCGUCAUCCGCGCGCCGCCCGCCGAAGCUGACGCCGCGGGGGUCCCGGUCCCUCGGCGGGAGUCGAGCCGACCCCUGGCAUGAGGCCUUGGCAGGGUUGAAGGGGCACCGCCAUGGCGUCUCUGGACGACCCGGGGGACGUGCGGGAGGGCUUCCUGUGCCCUCUUUGCCUGAAGGACCUGCAGUCCUUCUAUCAGCUGCAGUCCCACUACGAGGAGGAGCACUCGGGGGAGGACCGUGAUGUCAAAGGGCAAAUUAAAAACAAGCUCACCAGCGCCAGCAAGGACUCCCUGAGCGCCCACGCCAGCCCCAGCCAGUCGCCCACCGGCGUGCACGGCUCCCGGCGCGGCAGCAGCAGCAGCCUGGGCAGCGUGAGCUCCGUCCUGGACGACAAGGACGACGGGAUCCGCUGCUGCACCCACUGCAAGGACACGCUGCUCAGGAGGGAGCAGCAGCUCGACGAGAAGGAGCGCACGCCCGACAUCGCGAAGCUCUACGAGAUGCAGCGAAGUUACUCCGGGGGUGGCUCCGGGCCCGUUGAGUCGCAUCGGCUCGGCGAAGAGCACGGGGCUGGUCCUGGGGUCCUGGGCGCGAAUUGGUCCCUGUGGCGCCCACACGUGGAGAGCGGCGUCCAGGGGAUUAGCUGCUUCCCAGGAACGGCCGCCGCGUUUGCUGGGGAGACGACCUACAGUCUGGAACACGCCAGCGACCUCCGCGCGGAGGUGCAGAGAGUGUACGAGCUGAUCGACGCUCUAAGCCACCUCGCCGACUUCAAAAAGCACCGAGCUGCCAGAAUCGACCACUACGUCGUCGAAGUCAAUAAAUUAAUAAUCAGGUUAGAGAAGCUCACCGCCUUUGACAGAACAAACACGGAGUCCGCGAAGAUUCGAGCGAUCGAAAAGUCCGUGGUGCCCUGGGUCAACGACCGGGACGUCCCUUUCUGCCCGGACUGCGGCAGCAAGUUCAGCAUCCGUAACCGCCGCCACCACUGCCGCCUGUGCGGGUCCAUCAUGUGCAGGAAGUGCACGGAGCUCAUCGGCCUUCCCUUGGCAAGUAGGUGGCGUGCGGCCGAGGCCCCGCACCCCGGUUCUCUCCCGGGCCCAGAAAAGUUGCUUGGUUUGAUGUCACUACCGACCACGGAACAGUUUGAGGAGCUGAAGAAGAAGAGGAAGGAGGAAAUGGAGAGGAAGAGGGCAAAGGAGAGACAGGACGCGGACCCGCUGCUGCAGCAGAUCCGCAACAUCGCGUCGUUCGCGCGGCAGGCCCGGGCCGCGGGCCGCGCCGACGAGGUGCGCACGCUGCGGGAGAACCUGCGGCAGCUGCAGGCCGCGUACGAGCAGCAGCAGACGCAGCGCGCCGCGGAGCUGUCGCGCCGGGAGGCCGAGGCCGAGGCCCUGCAGCGCCAGCAGCUGCGCGUGCUGCGGGAGCGCGAGCGCGAGCGGGAGCAGUGGCGGGCGGCCCUGCACGCGCGGACGCGGUCCCUGGACUUCCGGGAAGCGCGGCCGUUCCCGCGGGAGCCGGACCCGGGCUCCCUUCCCCGCAGCGGCGCGUCCCGGCCGGACGCGGGGCCGCCCCCGAACCCCUUCGCAGAGGAGGCCCCGCGCGGGUACAACCCCUUCGAGGAGGACGAGGACGAGGACGAGGACGAGGCCGGCAGCGCGGCGCCCAACCCCUUCGACCCGGAGGACGGGCCCGGCCCGCAGAGCGCCCCGAGCCCGCCGGCGCCCGGAAACCCCUUCGAGGAGCCCGCGGGCGCCAACCCCUUCGAGCCGGGCGGCGGCGGCGGCGCGGAGCGCAUCGAGGAGGAGCUGCUGCUGCAGCAGAUCGACAACGUCCGCGCCUUCAUCUUCGACGCCCGGCAGCGCGGCCGCGGCGACGAGGUGCACGUGCUCACCGAGCACCUGCGCGAGCUGCGGGCCGCGCUGGCCGCACAGAAGGGGGGCGCGGGCUGAGCCGGGGACGGGGGCCCCGAGAAUCCGGACGCACGCAGGUCUGUCCACGACAGCCGGACAAUAAAAGGGA